AUGCAGAGUGUCACUGUUUUCCGAGAAGAUUCCCUUGUGCUCUUAUCUGCAGAAGUCUCAACACAAAACCUGAAGACUCCAAAAUCUUUUGAAAAAAGCCCAGGCCCUAUAGCCCGAGCUACCCAAGCGCAGGACAACAAUACGCUGGGCCGUCAGCCCGUGAGUCUCUACGCCCUCGCAAAAGAUCUUGGAACCACGGAGGAGCUGAAGAGCUUGGUGCUUCAGGCUCACCGUUUGGGACUCCAAGUUUUCAUGGACCUGCCUCACAGCGGGGCAGCCUCGGCCGAGGAUGGGCUGGGAGGACAAUUUUUCCACUGGGGAGAGAAGGGCUUCCAUCCCAUCAGCGGAGCCCGCAUCUACAACUUCGAGGAGGGCGAGGUUCAGCGCUACCUGCUUUCCAGCAUCGCGUUUUGGAUGGACCAGUUCGGCAUUGAUGGCUUCAGGUUCUUGGACGUUGCCUCCACUAUCUGGGCCGACCGCGGCAGGUUUGUGCCAUCCGAUCCUGCAGAGAUGGAAGAGUUUCUGUCGACCGAUGACAAGACAGAUAAGGCUGGCGUCCAGUACUUGAUGCAGGCCAACUCACUCAUCCACCAGCUGGACAAGUACGCCCGGACAGUGGCCGAGGAGUCGACCAUGUACCCACACCUCUGCGAUUCGGUGGAAGAAGGUGGACUCGGCUUCGACUAUCGUCAGGCAUCGAAUGCUCCCAGUCUCUACCGCGAGCUUGUUUCGAAGUGUCGGGAUGAGCAGUGGGGCAUGAAGACCAUUGUUGACACGAUUUGCGAGGUGAAGAACUUGAUGCCCAAAGAGAAGAUUCUGGGUUACAUGGAGUCGCUCGAUCAUUGCGCCGUCGGACGAAGGCCCUUGAAGAUUGCCUUCCUGUCGUGGGAGACCCUGCACACCAUCGCAGCAGGUGGUGUCGCACCGCACGUUACCGAACUGGCUGGUGCUCUGCACAAAGCAGGUCAUACUGUGCACAUCUUCACAAGAUCUACGCAGAAUCGCACGUGGGAGAACGACAUCAUGGGAGUCAUUUACCAUGAGGUGAACUUCAACACCGACAGCGAUUUCGUAAGGGAGAUCGAGAACAUGUGUGCUGCCUUCGUCGGACACUUCCUGCACAUGGAAAGCCGUGUAGGUGGUUUCGAUGUCAUCCAUGGACACGACUGGCUCGUCGGUCCAGCUGUCAUCCAGCUCUCAUCCAUGAACAAACGGGUCGUCUUCACCAUGCACUCGACGGAAACUGGCCGCUGCGGAAACGUGCAGUAUGGCGGACAAAGUGCCCGAAUUCGUGAAAUCGAGGGCCAGGCCUGCCAUUCUGCCCAGCGUGUCAUCGCGGUCUCCGGCGUUUUGAAAGAGGAGGUCUGUUCUCACUACCAAGUCCACGGGGCCAAAAUCGAAGUGAUCUACAAUGGGAUCCACGCCGAUGCCAUCGCGAAGAUGGAGUGGGAGGACGAGUGGACGGGUAACACCAAAAAAGACAAGGGCUUCGACGUGAUGGACCCCAUGUUCCUCUUCGUUGGACGCCUGGCGGUGCAGAAGGGGCCAGACCUGCUACUGGAGGCUAUUCCGAUGAUCCUUCAAGCACGGGGCAAUGCCAAGUUCGUCAUC